UGAUUGUUGAAUUUCAACUUUAGGACAGAGGUGUAAAAUUAAAAAUAUUAAGGCUUAAAAAUGAUGAAAUUUGAUAAUGAACAGUUAUCGGAUAAAAGUCCGUGCGCAGGAGUCAGAGCAGAUCUUAAGAUGUGCUUGUUACAAAGCGAUUGCUGUAAAAUUAACAAGAAGACCCCACGAGAAUGUCUGCAAGCAACUGAUGGAUCAGUUCCAGAUGAAUGCUUCGUACUUAGAAACACAUUUUUUGAAUGCAAAAGAUCCAUUUUAGACAACCGUACAAGAUUUAGAGGAAGGAAAGGAUAUUAGGCAGUAUAGAAUAGGAAUUAAUGUUUUAGCAAUAAAAUGUAUUUACACAAAGUAACCGAUUGAUGUAAGUUAAUAAAUUACAACAAUUCU